AAAAUUAGACUCUUUCGGGCCUAAUUGUCUUCGGUCAGGCAUUGCACUGUUGUAGAUGAGAGUGGAUGGAUGCGAUUUUACGUGUUCUAGGCUAUAUCUGCAAGCGCUGACAGGCGAUUAUCGGCACUCCAUAUUAGCAUAUGAUUAACAGAUAUCUAUAAAUAACACUGAGAUUUUUGUCAUGAGGAGGUAUUAUGGAGCAAUAGGCAACUGAUAAACCAAAAGUCUUGAUUGGUAUUUUAGCAAUAAGGAAAAUAAGGUUGUAAUGUUGUAUCUCAACAUGUUUUAAAGGAGUGUUUUCGUGCAGUGACUGCGGCUGACCUUUAAUUUGGAAUAUUCAACAGUAACUGCAGCCAAUCAGAGGAGGCGAUGACUGCUACGUCAUCACGUUCAAGAACUCCCUGCCGUCAGCAGCGUUGUAACGGUCGAUCAAAUUUAUUUUUAUUUUUUAUUUUUUUUUCACAGUAAAACGCUGAUUGAGUAACUUUUAUCUUCGUCCCCAGCCCACAGAGCCGAGCUAACCCGAGUUGAGGCGGAAGUAGGCGGGUGCUGUAACCGGGGGAAGCCGCCCGCUGCUCUGCCAUUGGUUUUAACUGUCUCUGCAUUAUGGUUUAAAUGUCCGAGACCAAACAGAGCUGCGUAUGAGACAACGUCGUAGAUAGUUGUUGUUGAAAGGGAAAGAGUUGUCCAAAGGUUGACAAGAUGGUGACCAAGAGGAUCCGCUCGGAGUACAUGAAGAAAUUCAAAGACCCCAAAUGGGAGACUUACACAAAGUGUUACGAGGAAAUGCUUAAGUACAGGCUGACCCGCAGGCUGCUGGAACACACACACAACCCCUGGUUCUGGGCUGGCUCCGACACCGAUUCUGACUCUGGAGGGAGAAGCCCCCCUCCUCCCACUAAGAACCAGGUACGAUGUGAGACCAGCAGAGACAGGACAGAGGCUGAGCUGGAGGAGUGUGAGGGGGCGAGGAUGGACAGAAACGCAGGGCCUGUACCCAGGCUUCCCCUUCAAGAGGAGGAGGAGAAUGUGUCUGCUCGACAGUCUGCAGUCCAUGGCUCACAGCUUGAAGGUGCUGGAGAGACAAGAGGACCAGAGGAGGAGAGAGAGGAGCAGAGAGCCAGCAGCAGAGGCAGUAAACAGCUGUCAGUCCCUCACAGGGAACAAAACAGAGAGAGAGACACUGGUGAACCACAGCAGAGUAAACCUAAGAAAUCCUCAAAACAAACCUGGCGCUCUCAGCGGGUUAGACCUGCGCCAACACAGCAGCCCAGGGAGGACGUUAAGGACAGCAGACAUCCUUUCGCUCUGUAUGGUUCAGGAGAGAAGGAUGCAGACAUCGCAGGCAGGAAGACGCACAACGUUGGCCCUGCAGCUUCCACUAAUGAGAUCCAUGAGUCAGCUCUCCGUGCUAAGAUGAGGCGGGAGGUGGAGCGUCAGAUCCAGACCCAGAAGACCGAGCGCCGGAGAGCCAAGUCUGCCGACUUGGACAAGGCCAGGAAGGUGGUUCCACCAGAAUUCAAUCCCUGGCUCACUGAGUACAUGCGCUGCUUCUCUGCUCGCUCCCGUUAGGACACACACACACACACACACACACUCAGCAGAAAUACUUACAUCAGGGUGAUUCCAGACAAAACCACAAAAAUAAAGCCAUUAUAGCCCUGAAGUUUAAACACCCAUAGAUGGGGGUGGAUUGAUUCAUACAAAGGCUGCUGAAUGUGUAUCACUCUCACAUUCAUGAUGUAAACUGACAAAACCUUGAAAUUCACUGUGUGGCUUAAUAUUUUUUAUAUAAAUCAAUUGAAUAUAUACAUUAAUCAACAUUUUACAGGUUAGAGGUGACUCUCGAAAGAAAUUGUUUGAAAGUAAAAGCGCAAAUAAUGGAUAGGUCUACCAUAUACAGAUAUUUUGAUGAGAAUAAAGAGUCUAAAAUACAUUUUACAGCCAUAUUUUGAUGUAGUACCUUUAAACACAGCUAUAUAAUGUGUCCGUAUUUGUUAUACAGGGAUAUGAAAGCACAGUUGACUCACACAGGGGUAAUGAAGACAUGGCAGCAUGUCUGAAUCAUUUGUGUUCUUAAAAACGCUGAGAUCAAAUGUGAGACCACGAACACACACAUAUACACAAACCCAAACACACACAAUCAAAUAGUUUGUUUUACAAAACAUUGUUUUAACAACAGCAAGCUGACAGUACGACGUAUUGACUGACAUUCAGAAAUAUGACAGUGGACUGGUUCUUAUAGAUUUGGGUUAUGUUUCACUUUAUGGAUUGAUCUUAACGGACUUGGCUUAGCUAAUAAAUAGUGAAUCACUGUACUUAAAAUCACAGUUGUGUGAUGUUGCAUUUUCUCAUGAGCCCAUUGACACUUUAACAUGCUAUUGACUUAAUGUUUAGCAACAACAAGUGUUUUUGUUAUUUGGUUGUGUUAAUGUGCGUUUGUAACAAUCAACCCGGUGCUAUCGUAGUAUGAAAAUAGAUGCGAGUGACAUUUGAAGCCAUUGGAUGUGUUUCUUUUAUACAGUCACUGGUUAUUUUCAAAGCAUACCAAUGUAAGGUUUAUUGUUGAGACCACAUUUCUUUAUCAUUAUUGUUACUGAAUAUGCUUUAGAACCAAAAGUGGAACCGUAACAACACUGGACAUGAAGCAGAUUACCUUAAGUCAGAAACUCACGGGUACAUAUCGCUGCUUUACUGCUUAAAGCAACACGUGCUCUAAAGCACGACCAAAUCAGACAGCACUUUGAUAAUCCCUCACCUUUUUAUUUUUACAGAAUACCUUGCUAACUAUUUAGGUUUUCAUGUAAUUUGUUCAUCUUUUAAAUCUGUGUAUAUAUGUUUGAACGUUUAUGUGAAUGUACUGAACAUCAGAUAAUGUUUUCACUCAGCGUAACACAGCCUUUGUGUGAUGGGUCUGGGCUCUUCAUCAUCAAAACCAUCUUGGUUUCAUUGUGUCAGCAAUCACGAUAAAAUCAGCUCUGUGCCAUAACGACAAGUUUUUUUUCCUUUGCAAUUAUAGAUAUAGUUGUUAUUGAUGUAAAUAUUGUGCUGAAAAAAAGGGAUGGGAGGAUUGGAGGUGUGUGCUUUACAUGUGGACAUUUUUAUAAAUCUUCAUGUUUUGUUGUUGCAACUCUGAGUUCAGACGGUAUUACAUUCCUCACUUUUAAAAAGAUUUAGUUUUCCAGUGUUUUUAAUAAUAUAAUAUACUGCAAGAUAGUUCAACAACAGAUGUGAUGUUUUGUGCAAUAUUAUUAUUAUUUAAAUCAUUGCAUUUGAGCCAGUGUGUGUGUGUUUUUUAUUUGGUGAACUCUGACAAUCUCAGAAAGCAGGAGUAACACCAAAUUUUAUAGUUAAGAUUCUUUUAAUGCUGUGGAUACAUUAUACUUUUGGUGAGGAAAUAUUUUCCUUUUACAUUUUUUUCUUGGUUUAUUUUGUUACAUAAAUAUUGCUUUAGAACAGGAUAGUGCCUUCCCACUUAAGAAUUUUAAUCAGGGGGAAUGAAGAAGAAACAGAGAUUAUGACCAAAAAGACAAGUCCUGAAGUUUUAACUUUUGACCAACUCCACAGCGUAGAAUCUGGAUUUAGUGAAAAAGGAGAGAGUCAAAUCGUGGGCAUCUUAAUACAAUAGAAUUAAUCUACUUUACUGAUGACAUAAGAGGUGUAACAAUCUCACGAUACAUUUUUAUUUUUACAUUUUAGGCUUGUAACUUACUGUGUGAACAUAUUUUAAAUGAUUUAGAGGAAAAGAAAGUAAAAUGAUGUGGUGCAAAGCUUUUAAUAAAUCACUUUUCCACCUGUU